UGCCGUUACCAAAUUAUUACGAGCUCAUCACGCGUUUCUUCCUCCACUUACCAAGGUAAAAGAAUGUGUUCGUCAUGGAUAUCACGAGGAUAGCGGUGAGUGCAUGUAACCCGUGAGCUAUCUGUGGCGGUGAGCGCUUGCUUUUCACUUCACAUAGCUUAGCUCAUCUUCACUCUCCGCUCUCUCUUCCUUCCAAUCUUCUCUCUAGUUUUUCCUCUUUAUCAGUCAGCUCCCGCUUCCCCUCCAAUUGUUUCUCUCUCAACUUCAACUCUCAUAUCUCCGACACCUUGACGACAUGGAUCCGCCCCGCCUUAGACUUGAUCGAGCUACCCCAAGUGAACUCUGCCUACUGCUUGGCGACCAGCGCGAUCCCAAGGAUACCUGCACUGCUAAGGCGACCAAACCGCCGGGAGAAGGGGAUGAUGACCCGGAAGAGCGGCGGUGCAUUGAGGACAUCCAUACCGUCGAAGAACAAAGGGCUGAGCAGGCCAAGCGCUUUGGAGCCAUUAUCUCAUCCGGAAAAUUAGUCAUGAACCAUCUCGACAUCUUCGUCAAGUAUGCUCCCUUGGUGGAGGCCCAGGUUGACAUAUUCCUCAGGAUGCAACGUGGCAUCAUGGCUGCUAACGUAUCGAACAUGGCACAUGUCGGCGCGGGCGAUCCUUACUGUGUGGUGGCUCGUAAUUCCCGCAUUUCGCUAGGGAUGUCGGUGGCCAUGCUUAAGGUGUAUUUGAAGAAACAGCUGUCCAACUUCGCCAGUUGGCUUCCGGAAGAGACCCGACAAGAGAUCCGGAACCUACUUCAGAAGAGGAUGAAGGAGCUGUCAACGAUCGUCGACAAAGAAACAAGCAAGAUCUUGAGGGACUGCGGCAUUCUAGAUGACCUCAGGCACUUGGGCCAUCUGAACGGAGAAUAGCGCAAAGAUUCCUCCGAACUGUAGAGUUCUGCAAGUUACCAGAUUCUCGCCUAUCAUCCAGUAACCAAAACAAACCUUCGGAGUGACAAACUAUGCACAAGUGGAGGA